AUGGCAAAGAGGUCAGCGGGAGGAGGCGGCGGGGGCAGGGGAAGGAACGGCCGGGUUAGCUCUUCGGGCUCCGCCCCCGCCCACGGCAGCCUCCCCCUCAUGACAGACCGCGGGAUGGCUAUGUCGGGCGGCGGCGGCGGCGGCGGCGGCGGCGGGGACGAUACGAAGGGCCGGAGGCAGAAGACAGACAGAGGUGGCGGUGGCGGAGGAGGAGGAGGCGGUGGGGUCACCGGGGACGCGGGAGUGAAAGCCCCUCCCGGAAAGAGGAGGAAAGGCGUCCCGGGGUGGAGAGCCAAAAACGGAGAGCAGGUGGCGGUGCGGGACGAUAGGGAGGAGCCAGGAGCGUGGAUCCUUGCGCGGGUGAUCAAGUACGUGCCGGACACUCACCACUACGAGUUGAAAGACGAUGACGACAAGGAGGGCAUCGGCAUCCUCACUGCCCCGCGGUCCCUGGUGAUCCGACUCGAGGACAGCACCAAGGGAGUGCAGAAGGGCGAGAGGGUUUUGGCAGUGUUCCCCGACACGACUAGCUUCUACCUCGGCACCAUCCACAGGGUCCCGAAGCCUGCUCCCGGUGCGGAGAGGCGCAUCGAGGUCAAGUUCAACGACGAUGCUGACGACACCGGGCGCACGCCCGGACGGUCUCUGCCAGCUCGAUACGUGGUGCCCCUCCCAGAGGGCUUCGAAGAGGACGACAGCAAGCCUGCCCAAGACGAUGAGCCGCCACAGGCGGGGGGCGGAGGUGGCCGUGGCGGCGUGGAUGGCGCCGUCGAGGAUGAUGGCGACGAUCAAACGGGGGGCGACGAAGACGAAGACGACGAUGACGAGCCGCCGUACGCCGACAUGAUCCGCACCGCCCUCAUGAAGCUCCCCGGCCGUCAGGGCAACCUGCCAACAGUGUGCGCCUACAUCGAGGAACACUUCCACGAGCGGUUGAACUGGAGGAGCGAGUCGAGCCUCCGUCGUACUCCCGCGUGGAAGGCGUCCGUCCGCCGCACGCUGGCGCACCACCCCAUGUUCUGCCACGCGGGGACACCAGAGCGGAACGUGUACACGCUCGUACAAGUAGAGUGAACGGGCUAUACAUAUAUACGGUAGGCCGCACAAGAUAAGCGCACCCCAUGGAAAAAUUUCAAGCUCGAUCAGCUGCGCGAAAGGAGAGGAUGUAAACGUGGAAUGAGGAUGUCAACGUGGAAUGAUUUACGGUUUCGGAAGGCUCUCGACUAGACGGUUUCCAAUGCCAACGGCACCGUAACUGUUUUUGCGGCAGAUAAAUCGAUCGGGCUUUGUGUUGUGUCUGCCGUGGCUUACGAUAUGGAGGGAGGGAAGGCGGGUGCAUCUUCAUUUAGCCGUUUAGUCUUGUUCGAAAUCUCAUCCUGGGAUCGCGGCGUGGUUUGUUUUAGUUGGUUGUUCGAUAUUUUGUUGUUGGCUAGGGAGCUAUGGUAGCUGACAAGGCUGCAAAAUGGGCCCGGUUCGAUUCUCGACCACUAACAUUCAUUGUUUCAGGAGGGCAUUCGGUCGCCAUUCAGGGCAGCUCCCUGUUGUCGAUAUGCAAUAGCGCCACGCAAUUGGUGGUCGCUACAUGUGUAUGGGGUUACCGCUUAGCAGGGGGGCGAUAUACCAGGACCGCGGCCGUUGUGUGCACGACUUUGCGGGGCGAGAGGUGCGGGUGCAGCUCUCACUUUUUCUUUCGGACUCGUGUGCACAUCGCAGCAGCGUGUGUGUGGAAUGUAGGUUUCAUCUACAGCACCUUGCCGCUAUGGGUUGGCCUGGUGACUAAAUUUGAACCUGGUGAGGUUGGUUAGUGCCCGGUCGAAGCAUGUGUCGGCGCCUCGGGUGUGUUUUAAUGACGAAGGAUCUGUCGGUAUGGCGUGACCGAUCCCAAUAUGUAUCAGGAUCGGAAUGGGUCGUGUCAUUGGGGUUGGGUGUGCCUGGCUUUCACGCAGUUGGGUGAUGCAGUCCGGGUUGGUUUGGUUCGCCUGUGUUGGUCUUUUGUUCGAUGUUGUGAGGCCAGCGACUCGAUCAGGUUUCAGUAGAGGCUACGCAUCGAUCGCUGCUGUUUUUGCCUUCUUUUUUUUUUCGACUCUUGUUUUUUUUCUUGUCUGCUCGAGGCAUGUAGCAGUCAUGUCCCUCUAUCCGCUUGUUGCGGCAAGAGGAGAAGAGGAGGUCGUGGAGACAUACAAGUACAUUUCUGUGUAUCAUAGCGCCACUGGUGCCACGAAAAUUACCGGAGGUUGGAAUUGGGAGGCUAUCGUGUCGUGUUUGAGCGCUAAAUGUCUAUCACCAGGGGCGAGGGAGAGAUGGGCUGUUAGUGGAUCAAUAAAGCGCUUCUUACCAUUAGUAACUGCCGAGGCGUGUUGGUUCUUUUUGAGGGAGGGUUUCACAGUGUUGUGUCGUUCGAAGUGGGGUGUCAGGCUACACCUGCCCGCGAAAUGGAACAUGAUAUCGGUUCGGGAAAUUGCAGUCUGGUACUCCUACAACGUUGUGUUUGUAACUUCGUAACGCAUCGCCGAUUGAGUCACGACAGGAGCUAUCCUGAGUACAAGCAUCUCUCGGGGGCUUGAUAACCCCAGUAAUUUAAUUGGCGUGGCUAUGUCUACAUAGCUUGAACGGUGUGUACCCGUGAGGUCGGUCGGCUUGACUGCGAAGUCUUGGGUCGGUUGGGGCAGGGCAACGACUGUAGCAGCAGCAGCAGCAGCAUGUACAGGGUCGGGUUGUAAUUGUGCGUCUCGGGGACAGAUCGCCUGCCUGUCAUAUGCUUGCGGACGUACACCCGCGACUGCUCAUUUUGGCUGCUAGCCACAGUGGAUAGAGAGAGAGAGAGAGAAAAGGUGCCCGCAGUU